AUGACGUGUCGCAACAACAAGUUGCAAAAUAUUUAUCUGGCAGCAAAUUCAGAAACUACCGGAAAACCCUUGAAACGAAAGGAUGGCAGCAUAAGAUUAAUUGGCGGUGACAGUUAUAACGAAGGAAAUUUAGAAAUUUAUCAUCUUGGUCGAUGGGGUGCUGUUUGCGAUCACACGUGGUCCGACAAGGAAGCUGGAGUCGUUUGUAAGCAAUUAGGGUUCUCCGAGAGUCACAGAGGAGUUGCGAAAAAAUCAUCGCAUUUUGGAAAUUCUAAAAGACUUUACUGGCUUUCAAAGGUGAUUUGCAAUGGCAACGAAGAUAAACUUGUGAACUGCCAACUCGAUCGAUGGGGCGAAAAUAAUUGUUCCUCAGCGGAAGCUGCCGGUGUUAUUUGCGAAAAUACGAAAAUGCCUUCGAAAAUUGUGAAACCAGUGAAAUUGAGUAGGAAGAAAUUUAUUAAAUCCAAGGACAAUAUGUUUGUUCGGUUGAUGGGAGGGCGUCAUAGUACGGAAGGUCGUGUAGAGGUGAGCUUCAAUAAUAAAAAUUGGGGAACGGUUUGCGGUAACGAUUGGUCCAUAUUGGAAGCGAAUGUCGUAUGCAAAAGUCUCGGAUUCGGAUAUGCCAGCGAUAGUUUCAACACAGACAUCUUCGGAGGUCAAAAUGUGUCUUCGCCGCUUCUGAGUGGGACAGUUUGUCAUGGCAACGAGACCAAAUUAUCGGAAUGCACUCAUGAACAAUACGGAAAAGUUUCCUGUGGUACCGAGAAAGAAUACGUAGCAGCAGUAAUUUGCACCACAACGCUUCCUGACUUAAUUUUUGACAUUCCUGAGUUAGAACAUUCACUCCAUUUGGAAGAUCGGAUGUUAUAUUUUCUCCAAUGUGCCAUGGAAGAAAAUUGUCUCGCCUCAGAAGCUUACAAUGUGGAUCGAACAAACGAAGAUUGGCCAUCGGAAACGAGAAGACUGCUGAAAUUCACUGCCAAAACCUUAAAUGCUGGAAAUGCUGACUUUCGUCCUCACAUCCCGAAACAUCAAUGGCAAUGGCAUGCGUGUCACAUGCAUUUUCAUUCCAUGGAAGUUUUUGCCAAAUUUGAUAUUUAUGAUCUGAAUGGCAAAAAAGUGGCGGAAGGACAUAAAGCUUCGUUUUGUUUGGAAGAUAACCAAUGCAAGGAAGGGGUGAAACAGAAAUAUGCGUGUGCGAAUUAUGGAGAUCAAGGAAUUUCAGUAAAUUGUUACGACAUUUAUCGUUACAACAUCGAUUGCCAAUGGAUUGAUAUCACAGAAAUAGAUUUCGGAUAUUACAUUUUGAAGAUUAAGAUAAAUCCGGAUUUUAGAGUGCCAGAAAUGGAUUAUCAUAAUAACGGGGCGUCUUGUUCUUUGAUUUAUUCGCCAUCGAAUGCAAUGGUUUAUGAUUGUAAAUUGGAAAGACCUUAA